GUGUCAGAAAUGUGGAGCAGCUAUUCCACUGCCGUUUCUGACCGAACACUUAAAUCUUGCAACAUCAUUGAUGUUGACAGUGAUAAUUGCCCGGCUAAUGUGGAGGAAAACUGUGCGCAGGAAGACGUAACAUGUAAGAAUGAAUUAUUGGAGCAUUUUCAAUAUAUAAUUAAUAACAUUGAACAUGAAUACGCUGCAAUCAAAAUGCCUGAUGAGAGCAGAUGCUUUAUUAGAAAUUACAUUAAGUCAUUUCUUAGUGGUUCCUACUUAAGUUUGUUUUGUUGUCUUUGCUAACUUCAUAUUCUCGGCAGCAGAUCAGCAACCCUGUCCUAUGUGCAUGGACAUAUUUCCCUGUCACAUUAUUGAGGCACAUGCUGCUUCAUGCGGGGAAAGUGCAGGAAAUGAGGCAAUUGAGUGUAGUACUGUGAUGGAAGAAGAGCAAGCAGUAAUGCCUGGACCGUCCAGAAGCAGUGCAGCAGUUACAGACGACUGGCUCACCAUCCAAGACCCUACCAAGGCCAUGUCUCAGUUUCGGGAUUCCCUAUUGCACAUUUAUGAAAAGGAGAGUGCUUUGGUUCUCAGCAUGGAUACUAGAGAAACCCCUGCCGAACAGGACAUGGCACUCCUCUCCUUCUACAAGCGACCUAAUGUGGAAUGGGCACGACCCUUGCAUUGCAGACUUGAAGGUGACGUUGCCAUUGGAAAGGGUGUAACUCGCUUUUUCCUCUCAACUUGCAUUGAGAAGUUGAAGUCUGGGUUUUGCAUCAACUUUGCAAACACUGAUGUGACACGGCUGUUUGAUGGAGAGACAGGCCAUUUGGUGCCGUCAGCCUCUCACUUCCUAGUUGAAAGUGAUAUGUUUGUCAUGGCAGGGAGAAUGAUGGGCCACUCCUUCCUUCAUGGUGGACCGUGCCUGUCUGGGCUCAGCCCUGCCUUAGCUCAUGUCCUGCUUGGAGGGGGUCCCGAAACUGCAACUGUAGCCCUAGAAGACUGUCCAGACCUGGACAUCCGGGAAACAAUCAGGCUUGUAUGUUUUCCAUCCUCAAUCAUUUUCAAAGUCUUGCUAUUUCUUCCCUUUUUAUAUUUUUUAGUGGAUAUAAAAAGCUUUCCAAAGUACCCACCAGUGGCGUUUUUGAAGUGUGUGGUUCAAAAGCCUGAAAGAAUCACACCAAAUAUAAUGUAA